GCGGAGUGAGUAACAGGGAGUCGCAACCGAGGACCCACUCAGUCACCACGAGAUCGGCAAGCCGAAUGGUCAACCGCGCCGGUUCUCCCGUUCGGUAUAGUCUGCGCACAACUCGAAGGGAUCAAAACAAGGACACGUUGUCGAUCGGCGUGCCAGUUCGCGGAUGCGUUUCGUCGACACAACCCGAGGGAUCAGGGAAUCCGAACGCGCGAUGUGGAGAUUUUUAGUGCGCUGUUAUGUCACUUUGACAUCGAUCUGACGUGAUUUCUCAUCGAUCGUAUCGUCUCGACGAGCCUGAUAUCAACUUCGAGAACUGACUUUGCCCGGAGGGAAGGAUCGCGGACGGACCGGAAGUGUGUGAGUGGAUGCGAGCUAGAAGUGGAAGACUCUCCUGCAGGAGGACGAGGAAGAGAUGAUCGAGCUGCUGGUGGCCGGAGCGUUCGCCCUCGCCACACUAAGGCGGUAUUCGGUGGCACAGACGAUUACCUGGAUGAGCCUCGCAUUCUUCCUGAGUUCGGGCCUGAAUACGGUUUCAGGUGCACCUGCAUUCGGCCUUCGCACCGCCGUAUCAAACACAAAUACCAUGGACCGUUGGUUGCAACCGUGUGGCAAUCCAGUGGCGAUGCAGUUCAAGAGGAUGCCACAGAGGCACAGCGUGCACAGGACCCUGAAGAGGGUGCGCACCCAGUUACGAGUAGCUCAGAAUCACUUUAGAAUGCAUCUGAAGGAUGUGCACGAUAUAUACUCGAAGGUGUACAAAGUGCUGAAGGGGCAGUACAGAAUGCCCUGGCUCCCCGAGAAGGAGCUCGAGUGGUAUUCCAGGGAGGUUUGGUGUCUCGAAAAGGGAAAGAAAGCUGACCGUGCGCUUCCGCAUCUUCACGAUUCGCUCCAAAGGUUCGCCAUCACGUUCCAUCAUCUCAGAGCUUUCCGUCUGAAAUCUAACAUUAACGUUGAUCUCACGAUGAACAGGAGAAACGAGAUCAUUAAUCAAAUGCACAAUGAGAUUCUUAGGGUUCUCUGCGAGGUGGAGACAGCCAUUUUGAACCUGGGCCUGCAAGUGCCAACAGCACACACGGCCAAAAUUGUCACGGAAAGUUCAAACUGGGCAAAGGAGGGCGACUUGACCCUGAUGUUGAUUCAGGAUUGGGGCGUUAUCAGAUUGUAUCAGACGUUCCUGAAGGCCUGGACCGAAGCGUUUCGCAACGCAACCGCGCCAGGACCGGGCACAUGUGACCCGAACAGGCCACGUCCAGCAGCGAAGAACAUUAACAAAGGAUCCGGGCCAAAGGGUAAGAGGAUAUCGAAGAUUAAGAAACAAAACAAGCCAAUUAGGAAGCAACCAGUGGCCGGUGGCCAGAAAAGUUCCUUGCCUCAGGGACCACGAAAGGGUAUUCCGAGGAACAGACUGUUGAGAAAUAAACAAAAGAAACUCGUAAAAGUAUGAUGAAAUUAAUCUUACAAAGGCUUCUUACGAUUUUCAUCAGAUCUAUCAAUUAUUUUGAAGGGAGGGUUAACAGGCAAAUGCUACUUUGCGACAAGGAACUCUCUAUUAUUAUGACUGGAUCGCCUUUAGCGAACUACAUUUUACUAUUUCUUGCAAUUAUUAAUUUAUAAAGCAUUUUUAACGCAUAUUUAAGGAACGUAUCUAUGUUUUUUUUUUUUUUUUUAUUUUAUUUUAUUUAGACGAUUUGAGAUUCGUUCGGUUAUAUCAGGUCUGGGCAGUUCUUUUUGGGCUCUAGAUUGCCUAAGAGCAAAAUGUUGGACAGUGUUAGAGAUAUUAAGGGCAUCAAAUUGCUCAGGCCUAUUUUAUAUAGUAUUUUCUUUUAUAAUCCUUUUUAUUUGUGUUUUUAAUAUUAAUUUAUUAUUUAAAAAUGAUACGCCUGUGGAUCUUCCCUAGGAAAAGAUUUUUCCAUUAUUUGAACGAUCGUUGACGUAUACAUUCUUUUAUUUUAUUUAUUUCAUUAUUACGAUUAUAGAUGCUUAGUAUUUUGCAAUCUUGCCAGUUUGUUCCGAUGAGAUAGUUAGAAUUAGAAAAGAACGACAAUCGUAUUAAUUUCGACAACUGGUGCGUUUUGAUAUAGUUAUUGAAAAAUCAAGUUGUAUACUAGAGACCAGUAUUAAGAAGUGUACUUCAGAAACAGUAUUAUGUUUAAUAACAUACUUAAUAAAUAGAAUAGCGACAACACUAAUAAGAUAAUUGAUUCUUUGUACGAGGUGAUGAAAUGAUUAGAAUAGGAAAUCAGAAUCUUUGCAUUCGACGCAAUCGAUACUUGAUUAACACGUUGAAUGGCGCCCUAUAAUUACGAUUAUUUAAAACACAAUCGUUUCAUUUUUCAAUUUGAAUGUGACUUAAACAUUUUUUUCUCUCAGUUAUUCGAUUGUAUUGAAUUUAUGGCACCGGUUACCGAUGGCCUCCACCGCAUUCAACAUGUUAAUCGUGAAAAAUAAAACACAAUACGACGAAGGCUUGAGAUGGUAUCGAAGAUUUCGUAACGUGCGAACAGUCAUCGAUUUAAUCGCCAAGAAAAGAGAAGGAACAAAUGGACGAUGGGUUCGUCAAACUUAUUUAUUGUAGCUUUAACGUAAACAGGCGAAAAGUCGUUAAUGUCGUUUAGCUGUGAUAUCUCGAGCGUACGCGGACAUACAGAGUUCCUACGUUUUUAAUUAUAAAUAGACAUAUUAUAUUAGAAUUGUAAGUGGCGUGUGUUAACGCGUACAACACGUAUUUAGUUAUGUAUAAAAUCGUUAAUCCUCUUUUCUAUUUUUCUUUUCCGUCAGUCCGUAGAAUCUCGCGUCUCGUCACGUACAUGACAGUUUUUAUCUAUUAAUUUUCUUCUCAUUCGUUUACAAAUGUAUGCGAACAAUUGUAGAGCAUUUUGUACGAAAUAUUUUUCGUUAUAGUAGACUAUUGAUAACUUGUUGGUCAAAGUAAGUACUUACAUGUAGAGGGUAAUAGCGGAUAGUUAUCAAGUCUACUACAUCUCAGUUCUGUAUUAAUUAAGGAACCCUAUUCGAUGAACGCCAAAUUAUAGGAGUUUGUGAUUAUUUUUUACAGAAAGAUUUUUUUCAGAAAAAUUACAAUGUAAAUUUAAUUAAAAUUUUAUAAAUUACAAAAAUCUUUCGUUAAAAUAUAGAAUGUUUAAUUUUAGUCAAAACAUUUUUUAUAUAUUUGGUAGAUCUGGAUCUCAAUAGUUGUUUAAAAAAUUAUGAAUUUAUUUUUAAAAAGUUUUUAAAGGGUUCCUUUAAAUUUAGAUGAAAUUGACAAAGUAAUUUUGCUGUAGUUUUUCAAUAGAUUGAAAUAACAGACGGGAGAAAUAUUAUCAAAAUACUAAUAAAAAGACUGCGGAUGUUUAUUGCAAAAAUUAAUUAUAUGAUACGUAUAAGAAAAUAAAAUAAAUUCUUUAGAACGUGUAAAAUAUGUAAAAUCUUAGAAUUAAGGCGAUAGUUUGAAACACUUGAAGAGUGAAGAUAUUUUAUAAGUACAUACUUAUAUGUACAUAAACAUUCGCAGUCUUGUAAUGACAUAAAGGAGGAAAUAAACUUUAAUUAAGGAGGCAUUCCCAUUUGGAAGGGCCAUUUUUAGACAAUUCUUAGAAGUGGAAAUUAAUCGACCAAGAUUCGAUAGUUGAUACUAUUAAUCUUAAUUGGAUAAUUAAUUUUUAUGAAACAGAGUCAUUCGGGCAGAUUACUUAGUUUCUUGAACAAAAUUUUCAAUAUGAUGAUUUUCAAUAGAUUCCGUAAAAUAUAAGGUCAUCAAAGUGUCAAAAUUGAACAAACAAAAAUUUACAAUUUUUUCAUUACUCUGUAAUAAAAUUCAAGCGAAUUUAAUUGCUAAUGUAAUAUGAUAUAAUUGUUUUUUUAAGAACCUCUUCUCUAGUGUACGGAUAUUUAGGAUAUUUCAUAACGAAGGGACCAUUACGAUUCGUAAGAAUGAUUCGCGUACGCAGUGAACUUUGAUGAACACAACGCAACUUCGCGAUAAUGAGAGUACAAGGUGUCACAAUAAUGUUUCGAGUAUGUCACUUAAAAAUUAAACAAAUGUGUAAACCGUGAAGUCAUCGAUUUAAAAAUAACUUAUCUGAUCAUAUGUAUUUUUGUCGAUACUCAUUUUCUGGUAUCUGUUUUGGUAUCGAUCUUUCUAUCUUUGGCAUUAUCAGAAAAAAGAUUAUUUAAAAAAUUUAUUCGAGAAAAACUAGUUCAUUAAUUAAUUUAAUUUUUAUGUUAUUUGAAACUCAAACAGCUUGUUCGAUGACUAAAUCAAUUGAUAGUGUUCUGAAAACUUUAUUAUCACAUCUUGUACAUUAAGAUUGUUACAUAAAUAAAUUCAUUAAUAAUAACGAAUUUAUGGAUCAUUAAAAUUCCUAAAAAUUUCUAUGUAAAUGGCAUAAGUCAAUUAACGUACACAUGAACUUAUUUAUGUAACAACCUUGUAAUUUGUUUAAAUAAAGACAAUCUAUGCUUUGUAUCGGAAUCUGUACUUAGUUUAUAAAACACUGUACUGUAAUGUUAGAUAUUUUUGUACUUGAUAUUCACACACGACGUGAUACUGGAACGUUUUUUUUUUAUACACGUGCACAUAGAUCGUAAGGAUUCCAUUUUGCAUUUUAUAUCAAGUAUACGUAGUAGGUAUAUUUAUUCUGGCGUACACAUAGGCGUACAUAAUGUUACGAUUUAUUUAUUAUAUCACGUUACCAUUGCAUAUAU